CGGAUUGGAGAGCGGUCGCUGGCUGGUGCUGCUGAUAGCUGCCCCAAUGCUGGAUCACAGAACUAGGAUGGACAGUUCCAAGAAGGAGAAGGUGGAACAGAUCCUGUCAGAAUUCCGGCUACAGGAAGAGGAUCUGAAGAAGGUGAUGCGUCGGAUGCAGAAGGAAAUGGACCGGGGACUAAAACUGGAGACACACGAGGAAGCCUCAGUGAAGAUGUUGCCCACUUACGUUCGCUCUACCCCUGAGGGAUCAGAGGUUGGAGAUUUCCUAUCUUUGGAUCUCGGAGGCACCAAUUUCCGAGUGAUGCUGGUGAAAGUUGGUGAAGGUGAAGAAGGACAAUGGAAAGUGAAGACAAAACAUCAAAUGUAUUCCAUCCCAGAGGAUGUCAUGACAGGAACAGCUGAAAUGCUCUUUGAUUACAUCUCAGAAUGCAUCUCUGACUUUCUAGACAAACAUCACAUGAAACAUAAAAAGCUACCUCUAGGCUUCACGUUUUCCUUCCCUGUUCGCCAUGAAGACAUCGACAAGGGGAUCCUGUUGAAUUGGACUAAAGGCUUCAAAGCAUCAGGAGCUGAAGGGAACAACAUAGUAGGACUUUUGAGAGAUGCUAUCAAACGGCGAGGGGACUUUGAGAUGGAUGUGGUUGCAAUGGUCAAUGACACGGUGGCAACCAUGAUCUCCUGCUACUAUGAGGACCACCGAUGUGAAGUUGGCAUGAUAGUGGGCACAGGUUGUAACGCUUGCUACAUGGAGGAGAUGCAGAAUGUAGAGCUGGUGGAAGGGGACGAAGGUCGGAUGUGUGUGAACACCGAAUGGGGAGCCUUUGGGACGUCGGGAGAACUGGACGAAUUUCUCCUGGAGUACGAUCGUGUGGUGGAUGAGACCUCGCUUAACCCCGGUCAGCAGCUGUACGAGAAGAUCAUAGGAGGGAAAUACAUGGGGGAGAUUGUACGACUAGUGCUACUAAAACUUGUCAAUGAAAACUUGCUCUUCAAUGGAGAAGCUUCAGAGAAACUGAAAACCAGGGGAUCUUUUGAAACUCGUUACCUCUCACAAAUUGAAAGUGACCCCAGUGACCGUAAGCAGGUUUACAACAUCCUGACAUCCUUUGGCCUGUUGCCCUCGGCAACGGACUGUGACAUUGUUCGUAUGGCCUGUGAGAGUGUUUCCACACGGGCGGCGCAGAUGUGCUCCGCUGGGCUGGCUGGCGUCAUUAAUCGCAUGAGGGACAGCAGGAGUGAGGAGACGAUGAAGAUUACAGUGGGUGUCGACGGCUCAGUCUACAAGCUUCACCCCAGUUUCAAAGACCGGUUCCACUCAUCAGUCCGGCAACUUACACCCGGCUGUGACAUCACCUUCCUGCAGUCAGAAGAAGGCAGCGGCAGAGGGGCAGCACUCAUCUCAGCGGUAGCGUGCAAAAUGGCCUGUAUGAUGGGCCAUUGAAAUGGCAGUGGCAAAGGACUGUGAAAGGGAAGCCACCUGCCUGGGACAUGCCUCUUCCACCCAGUGGCCAGGCUGAGUUGUUUCAGAGGGUGAUGGGGAGCUCAACCAGCAGAAGGACGGUUAUUCCUGGGGGGUGGGAUGGGUGGACGGAGCAACAUUGGGUUUCUCCUAGCCUCUACCCGUAGACAACACAAUAACCAUUGUAAACUGCAGCCUCUCCUUUCUGUUCUUACAACCUUCUCCACUACCGCAGGGUCAGUGGGGGGGUGUCUCAGUUUACGUAAUAAGCAGUUUUACAUAGUUUGUUAG